AUGGCAACCAUCGUGAGGAUGUUAGAGUGCUCUAAUUAUAAUUCGAGAAAAAAUAGUGACACAAAUGGACGAAGAUCAAGGGCUUUUACUUCUCAAGCAUUAUUACGAAAAGUUGAUGUUGGAAUUCCGCCUAGGGCAGGCGCAUUUAUUGAAAGACCUCUUAAAUCUGGAACUCAAUUUAGAAUAUUUUACGAAAGAGGAGAUUUUCCUAUUGCUUUGGAACAUGAUAGUAAAGGAAAUAAGAUAGCAUGGAAAGUAGAGAUAGAAAAGCUAGAUUAUCAUCAUUAUUUACCAUUAUUUAUGGAAGGACUGGCUGAAACAGAGCAUCCUUACGAGUUUUUUGCACGUCAAGGUGUUCAUGACAUGUUAGAGCAUGGUGGAGCCAAAAUAUUGUCAGUUAUUCCCCAAUUAAUUAUUCCUAUUAAAAAUGCAUUGAAUCUUCGCAACCACAAAGUUUGUUGCACUGUCUUAAAGGUUUUGCAGCAUUUAGUCGUAUCUGGGGAUUUGAUCGGAGAAGCUUUAGUUCCAUAUUACAGGCAGAUACUACCUAUUUUAAAU